AUGAAUUUCAGUAAUUCCUCAGCCAGCAAGGAUGCUGCCGCUAGUUGUCGCCUGACGAAAAAGCAAGACAGCCACGCUGCUCUACCUGUUAUCGCGAUGAAUUUAGGAUCAUGUCCCGUUAUCAUCUUCAUGAACACGUUAAUUAUCUCUGCGAUAAAAACACGGCAACCAUUGCAGUCUAACUACAACAUACUACUGGCCUGUUUAGCGGCAACAGACAUGGUAGUCGGCUUGGUUUCACAACCAUUAUUCAUCGCACAAGAAAUUUACUAUCUCUCAGGUGCAUCGCUGGAGGAUUAUGAUUAUUGCGCCUUUUACAAAACGGCAGUCUUCUUCUAUAUUUUU